AUGGGAAACGAGCACAGUAAGCGGGAAAAAGGGCGUGCAGAAGUCGUUCGGCAAGAGCCGACGCCGCCAAAAUCGAAUCCGAUGCUCGACGCCUAUUUUUCGGCCAUUUGCGACCAGGAAAAUGCGAUUUCCUACGAGAAACUGGUCGACCUUUUCCAAGAGGACCUCGCCGAGAGUCUUUUCAAUUAUCUCGCCGCAAAAGACGAAAAAGUAGUGAGCCGACGACAAUUUCAGCUGAAAUUCACACCGUUGUACGGAACUUCUACAGAUAUUUAUGUUAAAAGUUGGUUUUCUGCUCGAACACUUUUUUUCAAAGAAACCUUUUCCAGUCCUUCAACCGGUUCAUCAUUUCAUCAAAGUUUGCUCGGAUUGUGCUGGAGCCGCCGCGAUUCGAGGCGACGAGGAAUUUAUUCGGACACUUGUCGAUACUAUGGUAUUUUUUGUAACUCUCAAGCUCCCGAGGUGUAAAAAUAAUCGAAAUUUUGCUAGAGCGUACUUGCAGACUGGCGGAAAGACGGGCGACGAGGCGUGCGAAUCGAUGAUCGAGUGGAGGCGUUCGAAAUGCGAAAAAUUCACUCAGGCCGUCCAGAAUCGCGUAAUUUCAGCAGUUUCCGGACACAAAUUUGUGGGUUUUUGUGGAUUUCUGACCCUAAGAAAAAUGCAUUUAGACGCCUCCGGACUACUCGUCCGAUAUUCUGACGCCGCUUCAGAUGUGGUUCCUCCAAUCCUCGCUGCCCAAUUUCUAUUUUCCGUCGAAAGACGGGCAAAACGAGGGCGGAUCCCAGUGGACGCCCCUCUACACGUCGCUCCAGCACGGAAUAUCCACAAAUCGCUUCGAGACCCUCGUUUUCGAUUAUCGCGGACCGACGGUGACGGUCCUGCGGCUCAAAGACGGCCGGAGUGUCGUACUGGCGACCGAUCAGGAAUGGCGGCACUCGGCAAACCGAUUCGGCGGACCGUUUACCUCUUUUUUCGAAAUUUCGCCCGCGAUUCGACGGAUCGAUGAGGCCAACUCGAUUUAUUGUAAUUUGAAGUUACGCUCGGCGGCGACGGGACUCAAUUUCAAACAGGAGCUCAGGAUUGGCAAGGACUUUGAUGAGGUUUUGGAUAUUGAGGUAAAAGAUUGUUCGUCAUUAAAAAGAAUUGCCGAAAAUUUGCAGGUGUGGGGAUGCGCGGGCGCCGGAACGCUGACCGACCAGCAAAAACUGAAAAACUGGCAGAAGCAGCAGGCGGAGAAGCACAAGAAAGUGCCGUUGCCGGGCAAUUGGGACGACAAUCCCGACAAGACACUGCUCGAAAUGGCCGGAUUCCAGUUUUCGAACGAACGAGCGAACAUGGAGAUGGAGGCAAAAAACCAGACGUCGUCGUGGAGCGAAUCGGAGAAAAAAUGA